AUGCCGGCGACACGUCCUCGAGCUUCCUUCGAACCAAUAUCGCCUCAUUUCGAUCUGAAGAAGCUCGUCGAGUCGACACCCAACUUCAGCUUCGUUGAUCGCAUCAGCUGUCACAUGAUCGAUCAGCAAGGCCUGGCAGCCUUUGAGAAGCUUGUACUGCUGCACGUCAUUGCAGGUGGAAAGCCUCUGGUGAUUGAUGGGUACGAGGACAGGUUGGAUCCAUGGACAUUCUCCCCGAAAUGGCUGCGCGACAACUGCGGCGAGAAGGUCGAAGAGGCGAGAGUGCUCACUACCCAAGAGAACCUUCCGCUGACCAUGGGCCAUUAUUUGAAGAACAUGGGCAAGCUCACAAAUCAGUUUUUUGAGAAGGAAGGCGCAUAUCGCGAGAAGAAUCGCCAGAGGGUGUAUCUGAAGGACAUCGACGUCCCUGGUGUGUGGGAGGACAAAUUGAAGGAGCAGAUACCAAGUGCACUAUUUUACCUGAAUGAGAGCACCGGCGAGAUUGGCGGACCGGGUGCUGUUUCCGAUCCAGCAGGUGCAGCUUCAGGUCGACGAAAUGACAAAGGCGCGGCACGAGCUGGCGAUCUGAUGAGCUCAUUGCCUCCGGACAUGCGUGCGGAGAAUCUGAUGUGCUACAUCGGCCAUGAGGGUACCUACACGCCGGCGCAUCGUGAGAUGUGUGCUUCCUUGGGACACAACAUCAUGGUUGAAGCUUCUGGUAUGGUCUCGGACGAUGCCGAGGAAGAGAAACCAGGAUCUUCGAUCUGGUUUAUGACUGAGACAAAAGAUCGUCACGUCGUCUCGGAAUACUGGCUUAGUGUCCUUGGUCAUGAUAUCGAGGUUGAGAAGCAUUUCGCACAAGUGGUAGCUUGGAAGAAAGCGCCUUUCAAUGUCUACGUCGUUGAACAGAAACCUGGCGACUUCAUUCUGAUUCCACCGUUGGCACCACAUCAAGUCUGGAAUCGUGGUACUCGCACAAUGAAGGUAGCGUGGAACCGUACGACCGUCGAAACGCUCGAAAUGGCACUGAAUGAAGCUAUUCCGCGGAGUCGCAUUGUUUGUCGAGAUGAGCAGUACAAGAACAAAGCCAUAGUCUACUACACGAUGCAGAAGUACAGCGGUCUCCUGUCGAUGGUUCAGCAGCAAGCGAUGCGCCUGCCGCAAGACGCCGCUCAACAGCUGCUCUACACUGGCAAGAUCAAGCAGCUGCAGAAGGAUUUUAGAAAGCUGUUUGGCCUGUAUAAGCAGGUCCUGCUCUCCGAAAUAUUCAGUCCGGAAGAUCGAGACGCUCCGCGAAACAUGGAGUAUUUACCCUUUGACAGCAAUGUUACGUGUGCUUAUUGCCGUGGCAAUAUGUUUAACAGAUUCUUGACCUGUUCGAGCUGCAAGGACCUGCUUGGCCAUAACGGAGACAGCGCUGAAGGCGACCCUUAUGACGUCUGCCUGGACUGCUACGCCAUGGGCCGCUCAUGCGGCUGCUUAAGUGGCCAUAAGUGGGUUGAGCAGUUCCGCUGGAAGGAGCUCCAGACUAAGUACGAAACAUGGCGAAGGCUGAUCAUUGCGCUUGAUGGUGGGCAGAUCACAGCAAAGACGCCACUUUCACUGGUCGAAGAGCGCAAACGCCUCGCAAAGAAGACACUCGCUGAGGUCUGCAAAGAUCAGCUGAAGCGUCGUCCUUGGAAAGACGUGCAUAAGCCGGUCGGUGCGCCAAAGGAGGAUGGAGAAGACAAGGAGGAGAUCGAGGUUGACGACAAUGGCAACGUUAAGAAGAUUUCGAAGAAGAAGUCAAAGACUUGGCUCAAGAAUAACACAGCCUGUCACGUCUGCUGUCAUCGUCAUCCAAACUGGAAGAUGGCUUUUUGCACGACCUGUGACCGUGCGUGGUGUUAUGGUAGUUUGUUCAGAGGUUGGGACAAGAUGCCUAUGCAAGUUAUGGAGGAUGCAGAUUGGCGUUGCCCCCAUUGUAUCGGUAUCUGUUUCGCUGGCGCUUGCAGACGCGAGGGCAAGAUGCAGCCUUAUGAGCCGAAAGGCACACUUUUAGGUCACGAUACACGCAAGGUCGCGGAUGCACGAAGCGUGGAAGCACUUGUCGAUUUCAGCGUCAGCAACCUCAAUUGGCUGAAGGAUGAUGCCGUUGUUGACCGUACGGAGUCUAGUCGUGUCAAGCGCGCAAAGGCGGAAGCUCAACGCGCGAAGGACGUCGACCCAUCGCUGGAUGACGAUGAUGCCGUCGACCAGAUGCAAGUGGACUACGAAUACUCACCAGAACACGGUACACCGAUUGAUCCAGCGUUGGACGAUGGCGAGAACAGACGUCAAGACGGCGAGGAUGAAGAUGCAUACCUCAUGCGCCGCCUACAAGAAGCGAAUUCCACACUCCCACCACCAGAUGCUAUGGUGGCUGGUGCGCCAGCGAACAGUGGCACAGACGGCUAUGCCCCUGUCGCGCCACCCGCCAACAUGUAUCCCGUCCCCGGUCAUGACAAUUCUUACGCGUACCCAAAUUAUGCGAGGGCGAGUAGUGUUGACCCGAUCGAGGAUGACAGUGUCGGUGGAGUGCGCCCUUUCAAGAAGCGCGGACGAAUGGACGAUGACGACCUUGACGAUAUCACAAUGUCGAAGUCAAAGGCCAAGAGACCACGAAUGUCUGGCGCAGGGUUUAGGUCGUCAGAUCUGGCAGACCCCACAGCUGCAUCUAAGGCGAAGACCGAAGCGCAGAGGCAAUUUGAACAGGAAAAGGAACGUAAAGCCCUCGACAAAGCCAAGACCGACGGUCGCUUCAUUAUGCUGCAGGCUAAGCUUCGCGGCAAGAAGCGUCUAGUCACACUCGGUGUUCCAGGUGCACGGCUUGCGCAGGUGCUGGCUCAGCAAGCGGCAAAGGCUGCUCUGAACGCAGGCGAGGAUGCGGACGCUGAGCAUGAGGUCGAAGAGGGAGCUGUAUAUGUCGAUCGGGAACAUGACCACCGCGCUGCCAUGCUGCUGAAAAGUGACAUCGCACCCAAGAAGAUCGUGGACCCGAAGGCGUACUACAAGAAUCGUGAGGACAAAGGCCUGGUUGUCACUGGCAACACCAAGAAAGCGCUUAUUCCUGUCGAGAAGGACGAUAGCUAUGGCUAUGUGCCUCGCGACCGACUACAAGGCGGCAAAAGAGUGGCAGUGCCACAGGGUAAGCGCAAGCCAAGGCAGAGUGAUAGGGUGUAUGAAGAAGUCGACAUUGGCUCAGACGAGGAGGCGGAUGGCGGGAGCCCCGUCGUUGUGGCCCAGCCAGCUUCAGUACGUGAUAGACGGAAUCUGCCAGGAUACCUGCGGGACCGUCAUGCCGGUGACGAGGCCAUGCCGGACGAAUUGCCCAGUAGUCCCAAGGAUAGCACUGUGCACAACAACAAGAAGUCCAAGGCCACAGCUUUCCUGGAGAAUGAGGACGACGAAGCGAUUGCAGCGAAUCGUGCUCCCAUACCAACCUCGGCGCGCCAAAGUGGUCGUACGGCAGGUAAAAGACCAAGCAUGAGACCUGUAGUCGCGAGUCAUGCCGUCGAUGCAGAUGAUGAGAUGAAUGAGAUGAUCGAUGCUGCCGCUAGUGGAGACUUCCUCGACGUGGACAAAGCAGUGCGGGCAGCCGGUGCCUCUGGAUCAUCCACAGAGCAUCAGGCGAUAGAUGACGAUACCAGCAACAGAAAGCCACGGGGCAGGCCGCCCAAAACAAAAUCGUCCGAGGUCAGCCUGGCGCAACGUGAGACGGAGAAACAUAACCGUCUCGCAAAGCUCCAGGCUCUCGAGAUGGUUUCAAUGGAAGUUGAGGAUGCAGCGGUUGUGCGGGGUGGAAGCAGGAACCAGAGCAACGUUCUUGGCAGAGCCGGCGCAUCGACCAUAAGCAUGGCCGAGGUCAUUUCUUUCGAUGGAGAGGAGAGUGACGACGAUGGUGUUGAUAGCGUACCUGCACGUCGCGGCACCGCCAUGCAGGUCUAG